UCAGGGGGCUGGCCAAACGUAUAGCGUGGCCGCUCUCAGGUUUUAUCUGAGUCAUGCAACAGCAUAGGGCUUUUUACCGGAAACUGGUUAUGGGGAUCCCUAGACCGCGUAAAUUUCGGAGCGGCUGAUUCUCCUCGAUAAAGUAAUAAUGAAUUUUUAAGAUUAGAAAGUAAUUUCACAUAUAAAGCAAAAUGGCAGUGUCUUUCUGUGUAAGAAGAAUUGCCUCGACGCGGCAUAAUUUCCUGAAAAUACCCAAACGGCAUGGUUACAUAGUCUUAUUACCAGAAAUAGGUGAAGAGUCGUCUGAGAAGAAUCCUUUGUUAAAAGAUAAUAAUUUACCUGAAUUUAACACAAUUACAAUUGAGAAAUGUAUUGCGGCUAUUGGGAGACAAACUGUGGAAUUCGAAGAGAAAAUAAAUAGUUUGCAAACAGUUAUAGAAUCGAAAAAAGAUUUAGAUGUAUUUAAUGAUCUACUUCAUACAAUCGAGGAUACGUAUUUGCCUUUAGAGACUACAUGGGGCAUAGCAAAAACUUUAUAUUUUGGCAACCAGAGCGUUAUGCCCACAAAAUCUUACAUGGGGAUUCACGAGCGCGCAAUAAGAGCUGCAGCUAGUAAAUUCAGCAAUAUAUCACUUUAUAGAGUAUUCAAGGAAGCUUUAGAGAAUAAAGACAUAAAAUUAACACACUCGCAAAAGCGAGUAUUGAGCAAAUAUGUAUUGGAAGGUACAUUGAAUGGCUUGAAUCUGGAAGAUAAAAAAUACGAUUUAUAUAUGGCCGACGUAGAAUAUCUUGGGUUCAAAGCUAAGGAAUACAAAGCAAAAUAUGAGGGUGCUACAGGAGCUUACAGUAUCACGAUACAUAAUAGAGAAAUCGUAGAGGAUUUUCCGGAGAAUUUUCUUAAGACUAUUGCGCUCGAUCCCAAACAACCUUUCUUAGGUCCGUGGAAAAUCACUUUAAAGCCGUACAUCUUGGAACCGUUUAUGGAGCAUUGUCCUGAUCGUAAACUGAGAGCGACGAUCUGGGAAGCCGAUGUCAUCCGUUGCUCUACAUACCAAGAAAGAUCUGUUCAGGCCAGCGUAACUUUAGAGGAAAUGCGAGGUAGAAGACUCGAGCAGGCGCAACGUUUGGGAUACAAGCAUUUUGCAGAGAUGAGUAUGAACACAAAAAUGGCUGGUAACAUGGAGAAUUUGCAAAAUACGCUGGAAACUUUACGGAGCAUCGCACGACCUGUUCAGGACUUAGAAAUCAAAAGUUUGACAGACUUUGCGAAGGAGAGGGGUUUUACAGACACUUUAAGGGUGUGGGAUGUGGCAUAUUGGAGUAGAAAACAACGUCAUUCUUUAUACGACUGUAAAGAUAGUACACUGAGUCCGUACUUCCCGUUGCCGACCGUGUUAUCAGGCCUAUUCGAGCACAUCGAAUUUCUUUUCAACGUGAAGAUUAUUGAGAGUAAAAAGGCCGAUAUUUGGCACAAGGACGUUCGGUUCUACGACGUGUUUGACUUGAAUGUGUCUAGCAAUGUUCCUGUUGCAAACUUUUAUUUGGAUCCCUACGCUAGAGGCGCAGACAAGUUUCGUAAAGAGCAGGAUUCGGGAUGGGUGUCCACGAUCAAGAGCAAGAGCAAAAUUUGCGAUAGCAAUCCGUUGCUCGCUCUGAUUUUCAAUUUCCCACCGCCGAUAGGCGACAAACCCUCGCUGCUAUCUUUCAGGGACGUGCAGAUACUCUUCCAGAAGUUUGGACAUGCUCUACAGCAUUUGCUAACCACAGUUGAAUAUUCGGACAUUGCCGGAUUAUCAUUCGUAGAGUGGGACGCGGUGUUUAUUUGCGAUUUCUUCAUGGAAAACUGGUUGUACGAACCAUUUAUGCUACGUAAAAUUUCCGAGCAUUACGAGACGAAGCAACCGUUGCCUGCGGAGAUUAUUGAAAACAUUAAGAACAUGAGAUCGUAUUUUGCCGGCUAUAAACUGUGCAAGGAACUUUAUCUCUCGCAAAUGGAUCUAGAGCUGCAUUCCAGUGAAACGUUUUGGGUGCCCAUGAUGAAACAACUGUGGCCGAAGUACUUCGCGUUGCCACUUGAAAAAAGGGAUGUCCACGUUUGUUCCUUCGAGGCUUUAUGGAGUGGUAGAUGGGCAGCUGCAUAUUUUAGCAAAAUUUGGUCGGAGAUGAUAGCCGCCGAUUUAUACACGGCGUUCCAGGAAAUCAAACCCGACGACAAGUCACAACAGAAGGAAUUGGGCGCGAGGUUCCGCGACACGUUUUUAGCUCUGGGUAGCAGUUACCCCGCUGCUGAGAUUUUCAGGAAAUUCAGAGGCAGAGAUCCAAGUCCGCAGGCGUUGCUCAAUAACGUCGGCUUAACGCGAACGACAAAGUGAUGUAACUAUGUGAUCAGAUAGAUUUUGCCACUGUUCGCAGCGUAGCGGAAAAAUAAAUCAGAUUUAUAUAGUAAAUUCCGAAAGAUUAGUAAAGUCGAUUUAUAUUAUAUACUAUAAACUGAUGUAUAUAAAAUGUUACAUGUUAUAUAAUAAUAUAAAUCGAUUUAUAUAUUAA